AUGGCAACUGAAAUCGAAAAGAGGGUUGAUAAAACUGUCCUUGUUAUAAGAGAUAAAGGAGUAACAACAACCAAAGAACAGAUAGAAAAAGCCAUAGAAGACUCAAUUCAAAACCAUAAAGAAGGAAAUGAUACGAAGGUCCACACAUUGAAUGAGAAUAGAAAAGGAGGGAAUCUAGUAGCUACUGUGAGUAUGAACAAACACUGCGCUGUUAAGCUACUUCAGAGGAAGAAGAUGAGAAUAGAGUGGGCAACAUGCAGAGUUCACGAACUACUUGUACCAGAGAGAUGCUCGAGAUGCUGGAAAUAUGGUCAUACGACGAGAGACUGUAAGGAGACUAGAGAAGAUAUGACAGGAAUAUUUCUGCGUUGUGGGGAGAAGGGACAUUAUGUGAAACAAUGUGAAAAUGCAGCUAAGUGCCAUGACUGCAAAAUCGAAGGACACAUAGCGGGAAGAAUGAAGUGUGAAAUAUAUAGACAAGAGUGGGUAGACCGCAUGGGAGUCCCACACGAGCAUGUGCCCUAG